CCUCGUCCUCGUCCCAUCCUCUCCUCCCAUCACUCUCCCCCACUUCUUCUCCGCAGCGACCCGGUCUGGCACCGACGCUCGUCUCCUCUUCAUCCUCUUAAACCUCCUUCGCUUCACGAACAAGUCUUGACGACUCUCUGCCCUCCCCACUUUUUCCUCCUCCCUCUUUCUGCAAGCACCAGUUGACGGCUGCGCCUCAACUCCUUCUAAUACGACCCAAGCUCACUCCUCCUCGACAACUCUUACUUCUCUUCAACCACCAUGUUCCAGCUCGCCCUCCUCCCCCUCCUCGCCGCACCGGUUGCGGCGCACCUUUCGAUCUGGCACCCCUCGAUGUACGGCUUUGAGGGCGACAACCCGUACGCAUGGGAGGCCAUCAAGCCGCUCGCCCGUCUCAACUUUGACCAGUGGUGGUUCCACGGCGACAUUAACAAGCCGCCUGCCGAUGGCCAGGUCUUCGACCUCCCCGCUGGCGGUGUCGCACACAUGGAGGUCGGCUGCCAGAAGGCCGUGACCACCUACGGCGGCCGCGAGAACCAGGACCUGUCCUGCGACGAGUGGGGACCGAUCCACCUGUGGCAGAACAACCGCGACGACGUCAAGGGCUGCGCCAUUGCCAUUGCCUACGAGUCCAACGUCCAUGCCAUCAAGCCUGAAGAUUUCACCGUCAUCUCCACCAACCGCUCGUGCCCGUACACCCGUGACGUGUCGUUCGAGAUCCCCGGCCAGCUCCGCGAGUGUCCCCCCGGCGGGUGCCACUGCAUGUGGGGCUGGGUCCACUCGCCCAUGGGCGGAGGCGAGGAGAUCUACUUCACCGGCUUCAAGUGCCAGGUCAGCGGCGCCAACUCCAACGCUCCCCCCAUGCCCCGUGCCCAGCCCCCCAAGAAGUGCGCCAACGGCGGAUGCCAGACCGGCGCCAAGCAGCCCAUCUACUGGAUCCAGAACGAGGGCAACAACAUCUUCAACGAGGCCUGGGACCCGCCCUACUACAACGAGGAGUACGGUUAUGCCAACGGUGCCCAGAACGACAUUUGGGGCGAGGGCUCGGGUGCUCCUAACCCCAACCCCAACCCCAACCCUGGCAGCGGCAGCGGCAGCGGCAACGGCAACGGCAGUACGCCUGGCAACAACACUGGCAACAACGGCAGCAACCCGGGCGGCACCAACAACGGUAGCAACCCGGGUGGCAACACCGGUGGCAACAACGGCGGCAACAAUGGCGGCAACAAUGGCGGCAACACCGGCAACACCGGCGGCAACAACGGCGGCAACAACGGCGGCUGGAAUGGCAACGACGAUGACAACGACGACAGCGAGUGGUGGAACGACAACGACGACAACGACAACAACAACGACGGCGACAACGGGUGGGGCUCCGGCCACCACGGCAACGGCGGCCACGGCCACCAGGGCGGUGACAACUGGAGCUCGCGCACCCGCACUCGCACCCGCACCCGUACCCGCGACUGGCAGGAGUCGUCGACGUCCUCGAACGACUGGGCGGCCUCGCCGACCGCGUCGUCUGACUGGGCCGAGGCUCCCACCGGCUCGUCCACAUCCACGUUCCAGCCGUCGUACACGUCGUACACCCCCGUCCCGACGCCUACCGACUGGAACAACCUGAUCGUGGACGGGGGCAACGCCACGGCGCCCUCGGCCUCGGUCUCGCCCAGCGCGUCCGCGAACGCGACCGAGCCCGAGCCUGCGCCUAGCGCAUGCGAAGCCCGCGUCCGCCGCUCGCGCCAGGUUCGCGUCCGCCGCCUCAAAUCUCAGGAGUGAUCUGCUGGCAGAGUACACCCGCGUCUGUGACGCCACGCGUGUCCUGGAGACACGAGCGCGCCGGCUAGUGGCUGGCCCGCCCCGGCGCGCCACAUAGAUAGCUAUAGGCCAGGCGCCUCCGUGAUGCUAAGACUAUGUGAUUAUGUGUGGGUGA